CGCCGCGGCGGCGGUAGCGGCGGAGGAGUAGGAGGAGGAGGAAGAGGAGGAGGAGGGGGCAGCUCGGUCCGCGCCGCCGCGGCGGAGGGAGGGCAGCGAGCCGCAGCCCAGCGCCUGCAGCGCACCGCCGGCGCCAUGGUAGCUCAACAGAAGAACCUUGAAGGAUAUGUGGGGUUUGCAAAUCUUCCAAAUCAAGUUUACCGGAAGUCUGUGAAGAGAGGAUUUGAGUUCACGCUCAUGGUAGUAGGUGAAUCUGGACUGGGAAAAUCAACAUUAAUCAACUCAUUAUUCUUAACAGAAUUAUAUUCCCCAGAGUAUCCAGGCCCUUCACACAGAAUUAAAAAGACUGUACAGGUGGAGCAGUCAAAAGUUUUAAUCAAAGAAGGUGGUGUUCAGUUACUACUUACAAUAGUUGACACACCAGGAUUUGGAGAUGCUGUGGAUAAUAGUAAUUGUUGGCAGCCUGUUAUUGACUACAUUGACAGUAAAUUUGAGGACUACCUGAAUGCAGAAUCUCGUGUGAACAGACGUCAGAUGCCAGAUAAUAGAGUUCAGUGCUGUUUAUACUUCAUUGCUCCUUCAGGACAUGGACUUAAGCCUUUGGAUAUAGAGUUUAUGAAGCGCCUGCAUGAAAAAGUGAAUAUCAUUCCACUUAUUGCCAAAGCAGACACACUUACACCUGAGGAAUGCCAACAGUUUAAAAAACAGAUAAUGAAAGAAAUCCAAGAACACAAAAUUAAAAUAUAUGAAUUUCCAGAAACAGAUGAUGAAGAAGAAAACAAGAUUGUUAAAAAGAUAAAGGACCGUUUACCUCUGGCUGUGGUAGGUAGUAAUACAAUCAUUGAAGUCAACGGCAAGAGAGUUAGAGGAAGACAGUACCCAUGGGGUGUUGCAGAAGUUGAAAAUGGGGAACACUGUGACUUCACAAUUCUGAGGAACAUGUUGAUAAGAACUCAUAUGCAGGACCUGAAGGAUGUCACUAACAAUGUACAUUAUGAGAACUACAGAAGCAGAAAGCUGGCAGCUGUUACAUACAACGGUGUUGACAACAAUAAAAAUAAAGGGCAGCUAACGAAAUUUGACACAGUUGAAGGCAUGAGCCCAUUGGCACAGAUGGAGGAGGAAAGGAGAGAGCAUGUAGCCAAGAUGAAAAAAAUGGAGAUGGAAAUGGAACAGGUGUUUGAGAUGAAAGUCAAAGAAAAAGUACAGAAACUGAAGGACUCUGAAGCUGAGCUGCAGCGACGCCAUGAGCAAAUGAAAAAGAAUUUGGAGGCUCAACACAAAGAAUUAGAGGAGAAGCGUCGCCAGUUUGAGGAUGAGAAAGCAAACUGGGAAGCUCAGCAACGUAUUUUGGAACAACAGAAUUCCUCCAGAACCUUGGAAAAGAAUAAGAAGAAAGGGAAGAUAUUUUAAAUGCAUCACUUUGACCACCAGUUAUGUAUUAGUUGCCAAUAUGCCAGCCUGGACAUCAGUGUUUGUCGGAUCCGUUUGACUAAUUUUGCACCAGUUGUAUCCAUAGUAAUGGAUUUAACAGCAUGACAAAUUUUUGUUCAUUUUGAUGGAGAAUGAGAUGCCUUGAAUUGCCUAGGGUGUUGUGUACUUGGAAAAGUAACAGCUCUGAGUACCUUUUGUCUUUUUUCUUUCCUUUUCGUUUUUUAAACAGACGUCAUUUUAAUGCAAAAGGAAACAUUUUACUGUUGUACAAUCAUGUCCUGGUGGUUUGACGGUUUACAGGAGACAGAUGCAAGGACUCCAGACGGUUUUUAGCGAGGAUAAAUUGCCAUAAUGAUGAUGCAAAUGAUGCUUCCCUAUCAUUGUAACUCAAGAAUUCCAUUCAGUGCAGCAUAUACAAUAAUGUAAUUUAGUCUAACACAGUUGACCCUAUUUUUGACACUUCCAUUGUUUAAAAGUACACAUGGAAAAACAGAAGUUGUAGGCUUACAGUGCACCUAAGCUUUUUAUAACAACCCUUUUAUGUUUUGGAUUCUUUAAAUAUAUGCUAUUCUCAUUUAGUAACUUCUUUAGCCAGAAGGAUCUCAUUACUGCUUCAUUUUUGUAAUAACAUUUAAUUUAGAUAUUUUUCCAUAUAUUGGCCCUCCUAAAUAGAGUAUAGCUUCUUUCAUAUGGUAGGAACCAGUGAGUAAAUCUUUCCUUUAACUCCCUUUUUACAUUUUAUGGUAAGUAGCAGGAAAACGCAUUUAUAGGUCAUUUCUAGGCAAAAUUGUGGAGUUAACUACCAACCUGUUUCUACCUGUGUGCAGUCUUUCUUUAUUUUACUAGAGAUGGGAAUAUGGCCUCAAGAAAAAGAAAUCACCGUUUCGCAUUUAGCUGUAUUCAUAUACUGCAUUUCUGUAUUUUUGUUUGUAUUGUAAAAAGUCACAUAAUAAACAAUGUUGUGAUGUUA